AUGAUCGCCGCCGCGCUCGCCUUUGCUGCGACCGCUGCCAGGGCCGAACCGAUGCACGGGAUCGCCAUGCAUGGCGAACCGGCAUUGCCGGCCGGCUACACCCAUUUCCCCUAUGCCAAUCCCGACGCGCCGCAGGACGGCUCGGUCACCUAUGGCGUCGUCGGCACGUUCGACAGCCUCAACCCGUUCGUUCUCAAAUCGAUGCGGACCACCGCGCGCGGCAUCUGGGACCCCGAAUUCGGCAAUCUGGUGUUUGAGUCGCUCAUGGUGCGCUCGCGCGACGAGCCUUUCACCAUGUACGGCCUGCUCGCCGAAACGAUCGAGACCGACGAUGAACGGACAUGGGUCGAGUUCACGCUGAACGCGGACGCGCGCUGGUCGGACGGUGUGCCGGUGACACCGGAAGACGUGAUCUUCACCUACGACAUAUUGACCGAGAAAGGCCGUCCGCCCUUCAACCGGCGCAUGGCGCGCAUCGAGCGCAUCGAAAAGACGGGCGAGCGCUCGGUCAAGUUCCAUCUCAACGACGAGGCCGACCGAGAGUUUCCGCUGUUGCUGGCCUUGACGCCGGUCCUGCCGGCCCACGCCACCGAUGUCGAUAAUUUCGAGGGGGCGACGCUGGACCCGCCCGUCGGCAGCGGGCCGUAUCUGGUCGAAAGCGUCGAGCCGGGCGCCCGCAUCGCCUAUCGCCGCAACCCCGACUAUUGGGGCCGGAACAUCCCCGCCAAGCGGGGCUUCGACAAUUACGAGCAGAUCACGGUCGAGUAUUUUCGCGACACGACGGCGCGGUUCGAGGCGUUCAAGAAGGGCGUUUUCGACAUCUAUCCCGAAAGCGAUCCGAUCAAGUGGGAAACGGCCUAUGAUUUCCCGGCUGUGACCGACGGGCGGAUCGUCAAGCAGACGUUCGGCACCGGCCGACCCCAGCGCAUGCUGGGCUUCUUCUUCAACACGCGCCGCGAGGUGUUCGCCGAGGCCCGGGUGCGCGAGGCGCUGGCCAUGUUGUUCGAUUUCGAAUGGGUCAAUGCCAACCUUUUUUCAGGGCGCUACACGCGCACCGGCUCGUUCUGGCAGAACUCGGACGAACUGUCGGCACUGGGCCGGCCGGCCGAUGAGCGUGAACAGGCGCUGCUCGCCCCGUUCCCGGACGCCGUCCAACCCUCGGUGAUGGACGGCAGCUAUGCGCCGGUGGUGACCGACGGUUCGGGCCGCGACCGCAACGUUCUGCGACAGGUCGUCCAGAAGCUAGGACAGGCGGGCUAUGCGAUCGAGGACGGCCGGAUGGUCAGGGACGGCGAACCGCUGUCCUUCGAGAUCCUUCUGGGGACCGUGCCGGGCGCCUCGCAGAACGAGAUCGAGCGCAUGGCGCUGUCCUACCAGACGACCGCCGGGCUGAUCGGCGUCGAUAUCGCCGUGCGCGGCGUCGAUGACGCCCAGUUCCAGCAGCGCCGCCAGACCUGGGAUUACGACAUGGUGGCCGGCAGCCUGUCGGCGUCGCUGUCGCCGGGCGGCGAGCAGGUGUGGCGCUGGGGCUCGGAAUCGCGCGAUCCGGAAGGCACCUUCAACUAUGCGGGCGCCGCCGAUCCGGCGAUAGACGCGAUGAUCGCGGCCAUGGUCGAUGCGCGCGAACGCGAGGACUUCGCCGCUGCCGUGCGGGCGCUCGAUCGCGUGCUCAUCUCAGGCCACUAUGUGGUGCCGCUCUAUCAUCUGGGCGAGGACUGGGUCGCCCAUUGGAGCCAUAUCGAACAUCCGCCCGAACCGCCGCUCUAUGGCUACCAGUUGCCCGUUUGGUGGUCGACCAGGACCGAAUGA